GAUGGGAAGGCUCAAUUGAGAUUGAUGGGGAUAUUUGCGGGAUAUGCUAUAUGGAAAUGCUCUGUGGAAAUGUUCUAUGGAAAUGCUCUAUGGAAAUGUUCUAUGGAAAUGUUCUAUGGAAAUGUUCUAUGGAAAUGUUCUAUGAAGAUAUUUGAAGGAAGUGCUCGAUGGAAAUGCUUGAUUGAGAUUUUCAAUGGGGAUGCUCAAUGGAGAUGUUCGAUUGAGAUGCUCGAUGGAAAUGAUCUAUGGAGAUAUUUAAUGGAGAUGCUUGAUUGGGAUGUUCGGUUGUGAUGUUCGAUGAGAAUGCUCGAUGUGCAUAUUCAAUAGAAAUCGAAGAUGUUCGAUGGAAAUCUUUCAUGGAACUCUCAAUGGAAAUGCUUGAUUUAGAUGUUUGAUGAAAAUGCUCAAUGGAAAUGCUUGAUUGGGAUAUUCGAUGGAAAUUCUCGAUGGAAAUGUUCGAUGGAGAUAUUCGAUGGAAAUGUUCGAAGGAAAUGUUCGAUGGAGAUAUUCGAUGGAAAUUGCUCGAUGGAGAUGCUCUUUGGAAAUGUUCGAUGGAAAUGUUCGAUGGAGAUAUUCGAUGGAAAUUGCUCGAUGGAGAUGCUCUAUGGAAAUGUUCGAUGGAAAUGUUCGAUGGAGAUAUUCGAUGGAAAUUGCUCGAUGGAUAUGCUCUAUGGAAAUGUUCGAUGGAAAUGCCCGGUAGAGACGCGCAAUACAUGAUCACCACGUAAUGCAGCGCGGCGCUGGUGCAACGCCAUCUCCAACACAGCCGUCUGUUUCCCGGCAUACCGGUCUGUCUGGCGCGACACUGCAAUCGAUUAAUUCCCAGGUCUCCAUCCAGUGCACGCGGUUCAAAGCUGCUGUGUCCUCGGACCCAUGCAAGCUAAUUAGCGAGCCAUGGUCCGGCCCUAGCAGCCCGCGCAAUUCGGCAAUAUUGAUUUCCAGGACAAGAAGACGAAAAAAAGGAAGAAAGCAGAGAAGCAUCAAGGCACCGGCCAGCACAGAACCUUCGG